GCACUGCUGGGCUGCACUGGUGGGCAGCACAGGUGGGGUGGCACUGGUGGGCACAGGUGGGUGGCACUGCUGGGCACAUGUAGGUGGCACUUCUGGGCACAGGUAGGUGGCACUUCUGGGCACAGGUGGGUGAUCUGCUGGGCACAGGUGGGCGGAGCUAGUGGGCGCACUGCUGGGCGGAACUUGCGGGUGGCACUGCUGGGCACCGAUCAUCAGGGCACUGAUCAUCAGUGCCCUGAUGAUCGGUGCCGAUCCCUGCUCUGACAACUGCCGGUUCUCGGCAGUACUUUCCUCACGAUCUGACAGCGUGAGGAGAGUGCAGCCGAGAACCGGAACUUGCAU